GUAUCCUUGGAAUUUGCACCAGGUCUGAACUGACAAACGAAGCUCUGCAUCAUCCCGCCCGGCAUCAUCAUCCAUGCUCCACUGUUAGAUCAGGCCGUUGAUCAUUGGGAACUCCCGCCGCGGCCAAGAAGACUUCUUCUAUCGAGUUAUCGAUCUGCGCCUCCCCCAACAUCUCCUGCUCGACCUACUUCCCCGCUUGCCGGCAACCUGACGGCCGUCGCCGCGGGCUUUCGCCCCUCGAGCACGGGUCUUGCUUGUUGCCCUACGAUGUGACGACGCCCUGAAGCCUCCAGCAUGGACGCGGACUGGGGCGAGGUUACUCGCUUCCACUUCCAGCAGCAGCGGGCGGACAGCUUUCUCCAUUCGACGAUACCGACCGCAAUCGCCUUCGAUACCGGUGCCGAGCUGCUAUGGGUUGGUCAAGACUUUGGGAGGGUUGCGUCCUUCUUUCACAAUGGCAACAAGGAGAUGGAGCGGUAUACCGCCUUCAAGGCGAGUCCGCACAACCAGGGGGCGGUGCGCCAGUUUCUCUUCAACGAUAGGGGCGUCAUCUGCUUGAGCCCCCAGAGCGUCCACAUGGCAUUGCGGAGAGGCCCGCCAUUGUGGCACAUCAAUCAUGAGGAUAUGAAAGACUUACGAUGUAUGUCUUUUACGUCGCGCGGCACGGCCGAGAUCCUUGUUGCUGGCUAUCAGGACACUAUGUUCGUCAUCGACGUGAACAAGGGAGACAUAACCAAGCAGGUCCCCGUAUCAGAGCAUUACAGUAUUAUGAAGAAGAGCCGGCAUAUCUGCGCCGCGACUAAGCGUGGCAGCGUCGAUAUCCUGGAUUCAAUCAGCUUCAAGGUCACCAAGACGUGGAACACGCAGUCUGCGUACAUCAAUGACAUGGACGUACAGCAAGAUUUUAUCGUCACUUGCGGUGCGUCCCUCAAGCAGUCGAACUACAUGUUCGAUCCGUAUGUCAACGUCUUCGACCUGAAGAACAUGCAGUCCAUGGCGCCGAUUCCGUUCCCGCCGCUGGCCGCCUUCGUGAGGAUGCAUCCAAAGAUGGUGACGACCGGAAUCGUCGUCUCCCAGGCCGGCCAGAUGCACGUUGUCGAUCUCCUGAAUCCUAACACUACCAAUGUUAGACAGGCCAACACGACUGCCUAUCUCGCUCUGGUCGAUAUCGCGCCCUCUGGCCAGACGGUUGUCAUUGCCGACUCGGACGGGUAUCUGCACCUUUGGGCGCCGUCAUCCAAGCAGCUUGUUUUCGCCGAGAACAUUGCUCAGCUCGAAUUCCCCACCGACGAACAGGAAGCUCCGCCUCAAAUGGACUGGAGCGUCGAGACGCCUCUAAACACGGUGGGACUCACAUACUAUCGCGAGGAGCUGCUCUCUUCGUGGCCUCAGAAUUUCGUGUCGGACGUCGGGGCGCCCCCGGUCAUAUUCGACCCGAACUAUCUCUCUGGCCUCCUCCAAAGCGAGUUCGGCUUGUACGGGAAAAACACCUCGGGGCUUCUUAGGAAUCAGCUCCAGGACACCCGAUCGGCCGACAGGUCGUCUGGGAGCGUGCAGGCUCCCAAGUUCCUCAGCGAGAAGGCGAGGGAGACGGCUAAGCUGCUGCCGAGACUCUCCAACGGGGACCCGUAUCAGGAAGAUGCGAUCCAAAGCCCCAUCAAGACCGAGAUCGAGAGCCUCAAGGCCGAGGUGCCCAACAUGUAUCGCAGUGUCGAGAUCAAGUUUAGCAAAUUUGGCGUCGACGACUUCGAUUUUGGGUUCUACAACCGCACUCGAUAUGCGGGCCUGGAGAACCAUAUCGCCAAUUCGUACGCCAACAGUCUCCUGCAGGUCAUGCACUUCACCCCCAUAUUGCGGAAUCUCUCCCUUCAGCAUGCGGCCACUGCCUGCCUGAGCGAGCAGUGUCUUCUCUGCGAGCUUGGCUUUCUCUUCGACAUGCUUGAUAAAGCAAAGGGUGCGACGUGUCAGGCAACCAAUAUGCUGAAGAUGCUCACAAGCCAUCCCGGCGUGGGCAACCUUCAUUUGCUGGAAGAUGAUCCGCAUGCCUCGUCUUUGGCUGCCAUGAUCCAAGGCUUGGCCAGGUUCUUGCUCGAUCAGAUGUGUCGAGACUACAUGAAGACCUCUCCGGAGGUCAACGUGAUGGAGCAGGCCACCGCCACGACUGCUCAAGUCUUGAUGAAGUGCAUGCAUUGCUCCAGCGAAACGGCGCGGUCCAGCUCCAGUUUUGUCAAUGACCUGGUCUAUCCACAGAUGAAUUAUAUCAGGGGCAGGCCGCCGACUGCGACCUCGUUCUCCGACAUCCUUAAGAAGAGUAUCGAGCGCGAGCAAACCGCUCGGGGCUGGUGCACCACGUGUCGGGGCUACCAGCCGCUUGCAACCCGCAAGACCAUCAAGGCGAUCCCCCAAGUGCUGGCCGCCAACGCCAACAUCUCGACCGCGGACCAGAAGCGCCUCUGGGCGACCCCCGGCUGGCUUCCAGAGGAGAUCGGCGUCAUCAUCGGCGACGAGCAUGUUUAUUGCUUCGAGGGCGAGGACCUCAAGCUCCACCUGCAGCGAGCCAAGCACGAGAUAUACGUGUAUUCUUUGAUCGGCGUCGUCGUCAAUAUCGAUCGGGGCCCGCCUCACAAGCCGCAUCUGAUCUCGAUGGUCAAUGUCGCCCACUCUGCACCCGUACCACCCGAGGACAGUCAGUGGCAUCUUUUCAACGACUUUCUCGUAAAGCCCGUGUCGUCCAAGGAAGCCUUGACCUUCAAUACCACUUGGAAGACACCACUCAUAGUACUUUACCAACUGAAGGUUGCAAAUAACCAAAUCGACUCGACAUGGAAGCAGAAGCUCGACAUUUCCGUCCUGUACCAGGAUCAAAGCCCCGCCUCGGACACCAAGACGUAUCAGGUGCUGGAUCCUUCCUUCGAGCGCCCUGGUCCGGAAACCAUCGUGGCUCUCGACACCGAGUUCGUCGCCGUAAAGCAGCCCGAGAUCGAGGUCAAUUCGGACGGCGAGAGGGAGACUAUUCGGCCCAUGAUUCACUCCCUUGCUCGAGUUUCGGUCGUCCGCGGCAGUGGUCCCCGUCGUGGCGAGCCGUUCAUCGAUGACUAUAUCCUGAUCAAGGAGCCCAUAGUCGACUAUCUGACCAUGUACUCUGGUAUAACCCCUGGCGAUCUGGAUCCGCGUCAGUCGAAACACAACCUCGUGUCGCUCAAAGUGGCCUUCAAGAAGCUUUGGGUGCUGCUGAAUCUCGGAUGCCGGUUCCUGGGGCAUGGCUUGCGACAGGACUUCCGGGUAAUCAACAUUCAGGUUCCCAAGGCUCAGGUGAUUGACACCAUCAACCUGUUCUACCUCAAGGCUCGGCUGCGGAAGCUGUCCCUGGCCUUUCUCGCGUCUUGUCUGCUCAAGGAGGACAUCCAGGUGGACACGCACGACUCGAUCGAGGACUCGCGGACGGCUCUAGAGCUGUAUCGGAAAUAUCUGGAGUUCGAGGGUGCCGGAUCGCUCGAUAGCGUCAUCGACGAGAUCUACCGUGUCGGCAGGGAGAGCAACUUCAAGCCCAUCAGGAAGGAUGGCCAAGUGGUUCAGCGGACGCGGACGCCGCCAAACGUCGAGGGCAGGGUCCUUGCCCCUUCCACACCUUCCCAAGUGCCCGUCGGGCAGGGGCAAGUGCCUUCGGGCCCCUUCGGGGGCAUCACGACCCUCACGCCUGGCUAGACGCGAUGGCCCUCAAUUUGACAUUUUCUCCCCGAUGCCUUCCAUCAAAUAUUUUGGUACCAUAGCGUUCCUUACAACUUCCUGAUGACGAAUCCGUCGCGCAUUCAUCCAUACCACCCGGCGCUGUCGUGGAACGCGUCCAAACGUCCCGAAGUCCCUCCCCCGACCAGCCAAAAAUUAACAUAAAACCCAUUUCGAACAAUAAACAUUGUGAUAUGGUCAGAAAGCCC